UUGUCAAGUUUCGUAGGUAGUUCUUUCAAAGUGUCAGCCUUCGUGAACUCUAGUCUUUUUCAUCGGCAUCCGUUAACCGGUCUAUCGAGAUCCACAAGGAAGGCGCUUGGUAAGCUCCUGGUCGCAGUAGGUCUCACGACCAGUGUCGGGCCUAUAACCUCACCCCAGCGACGAUGGGCCUCUAUGGCAUAUCCAGCCUGCUCGUCAUGCAGAGGCGUUUCUGUCAUUUAUGAAAGAAAUCUUGUUGCAGUUAAAUGUAAAAUUGUGUCAAUGACCAUGCAAACAUGUAAGGUAAGUGCAUAUUUUUUAGAAUGUGGGCAAAGAGUCAUUUUCCAGGUGCAUGUGCCAAAUGAUGGACUGAAACUUAACUUUACGAACGACUUUCAAGUAGAGUCAGGUGCCGACUGCGCACGGCGCUGCUACAACAGCGACAAGUCACCGGUGGGAGUCACUCACGGCGUAUGCUUGAUGACCGAACAGAGUUAUCCAUGCGCCGAAGGUCGGCCGUACGUUGCUCAGCAUUACAGCUCUACCCCAUUCAUCAUUUCGUGCGUGAGAUGCACCCGUAAGCAGCAGGACACCUCCUCGCUGAUGCAGUGCGUCCACCGGUGCGCCGAUAUGCAUUGCACGCUGGCCGCAUACAGCCGAAAAUCCGCAAAGGGCAACUGCCUGCUAACGAAUAAAACCGUCGCUGCCGCGACCCAAAACUGCCAGCAACCUCUGUCUGAAGCUACCGUGGAAACCGACGGAGAACUGCCCAUACUCAUAGACUGCGUCAAGUGUAUAGGAUAA